AUGGGAUCAUUGGUUGAUAGUGUUGCAGUGCAUAACUUGAACAAGAAGAUUGUGAUGGGUGACAAUGGUUAUGUUCUGGAAGACGUUCCUCAUUUGUCUGAUUAUAUUCCUAGUCUUCCUACGUAUCCUAAUCCAUUGAAGAACAAUCCUUCCUAUUCAGUCGUUAAUCAGUAUUUUGUCGAUAAAGAUGAUACAGUUGCUCAAAACAUUGUUGUCCGCAAGAAUAGUCCAAGAGGGAUACAUUUUCGUCGAGCUGGUCCUUCCCAAAACGUUUAUUUUAAGUCCGACGAUGUUAAUGCAUGUAUUGUAACAUGUGGAGGUUUAUGUCCUGGUCUUAACACAGUUAUCAGGGAAAUAGUAUGUGGCCUAUACUCUAUGUAUGGUGUAAGAAGAGUGAUGGGGAUAGAUGGAGGAUAUCAAGGUUUCUAUUCCAAAAACACGAUUCCUUUGACACCUAAGGUUGUGAAUGAUAUCCAUAAACGUGGUGGAACGAUUCUUGGGUCAUCUCGAGGAGGUCAUGUUACGAAGAAAAUAGUUGAUAGCAUUCAGGACCGGGGUAUCAAUCAGGUUUAUAUAAUUGGAGGAGAUGGAACACAGAAAGGAGCAUCGGUGUUAUUUGAGGAAAUUACAAGGCGUGGUCUGAAUGUUGCAGUUGUUGGAAUCCCCAAGACAAUCGAUAAUGAUAUACCAAUUAUUGACAAGUCUUUUGGUUUUGAUUCCGCGGUUGAGGAAGCUCAACGUGCUAUUAAUGCUGCUCAUGUUGAAGCUACGAGUUUUGAGAAUGGAAUUGGGGUUGUGAAGUUAAUGGGACGGGAUAGUGGGUUCAUAGCAAUGUAUGCUAGUCUUGCUAGUGGAGAUGUUGAUUGUUGUUUGAUUCCAGAAUCUGAUUACUAUCUUGAAGGACGUGGUGGAGUGUUUGAGUACAUAGAACAAAGGCUCAAAGAGAAUGGACACAUGGUUAUAGUUGUAGCUGAAGGUGCCGGACAAGAAGUUGAUGUUGGUUUAUGGAUAUCGAAAAGGAUAAAGGAGCAUUUUUUGAAAGAAAAGAAGAUGAUGAUCAAUCUUAAAUAUAUAGAUCCGACAUACAUGAUUCGGGCUAUUGCAAGUAAUGCAUCUGAUAAUGUGUAUUGCACACUUCUUGCUCAAAGUGCUGUACAUGGAGCAAUGGCUGGCUACACAGGCUUUACGGUUGGUCCUGUCAACAACACACAUGCUUACAUACCCUUUGAUAGAAUCACUGAGAAACAAAACAAGGUUGACAUUACAGACAUGAUGUGGGCACAACUUCUAUCUUCAACAAAUCAACCUAGCUUCUUGUCAACAACGAGAUCAGCCGAUAUAAUUGAAGCAAACAAGGGCGAAGAACCACCUACUCAAUUAUCAGACGAAGAAACAAAUCCUUGCUAA